AUGGAAGAAGAGAAGCAAGCGUCCAUGAAGAAGCCCAUUGGAAGUAUGUCUUCUAUGGAGGUAAACGUUGACAUGCUGGAGCAGAUGGACCUAUUGGAUAUGUCUGACCAGGAAGCACUAGACGUGUUUCUCAACUCGGGUGGGGAAGACAGUGAAAUCUCACCUGUGUUAGGGUCCAAGUCUGAGCCAAAUCAAGGUGAAAUAACUCUGCAAGUGCCAAACCAAGAUGAACUUAGACUGAAAUUAUCUUCUUUCACUGAUGACAAUGCCAGUCACACUGUGAGUGAAGAUGACACUCCACUGGUCCAGUCUGAUGAAGAAGAUGUUCAAAUAGACACAAGUUUGAUCACAAUGAAUUCAGAUUUAGGACAGAAUGCUGACAGUGACUCUCAGUAAAGUGCAAGAUAUUAUUUGAAACUUUGUUGAAGGUUACUGAGUAUUGCAUUGUGUGAAAGAUAUAUAAUGGAUAAUCCAGACCAUUUUACUACAUCUAUUUUGAAAAAGUGUAAAAUUCCUGUUACCUUGUGUGUCUGUGGUAGUAAGUUAUAACUGGUUACCCAUUUGCUUCAAAUACAGAAGCAUAGCUCUCUGCCUUGACUAAUGAACCUUCCCAUCCAAGAUAUUAUUCACAUAUCUAUGCACUGUGCUUAAUGAAUUGAUAGGCUGCCUUAUUCUAUCCUUUAAAUCCCAGUUGGCUUGAUUGUAGUUUUCACUAAUACAAGACUCUUAAAAUUGACUUCCGUUGUGCACUUUUCACCUUCAAAUUAAUAAAAGGUUUUUCAGUA